UUAAAGCCAGACUCAAACCCCGCGCAAACACUGCUGUUCAUCUCUCUGUGCUUGUUACGCUGUUGAGGUGUUUGUGUUUACCUCAGCGGUGUUUGAUUGUGUUCUGUGGUUAACGAUGCCUAAAAGAUCGUGUCCGUUUACCGAGUCAUUUUCUACUCAGUAUAAAAUCCAUGUGGGACAGAAAGAGCUGAACCUGCACGGUGUGUUCGGAAACAAGUACAGACAAGAAGUUUACGAAAAGACCAAAAACCUGCUUUUCAAUGGAACCCGUGCUGUAAUGGGCCGCAUUUGGAAGGUGGAUCCAGAGGGAAAGUGCUCAGACGUGGACGCAUGUAAUCAGGCUGAUGUGACGCAGCCAACGAAUCAGAUGCUGCUCAGAGGACAAACCCGCAUUGGAUUUGAUGGCAAGCUUAAAAAAGCGGAACCAGUUUCAGGCAGCGUAGCCACUACUGCAGUGUGCGGAGUGUGUCAGAGGGCAUCAGGAGCGAGGCGAGCGUGUUCUCAGUGUGAUCGACCAGCGUGUUCUACCUGUUCACAGCAAUGCAGCAGCUGCUCCAGUCACUGCUGCUCUGUCUGCACAGUCACGGAUUACACUGACCGCUAUGACAGAGUCCUGUGCUGUAGCUGCUCGUCAUGAUCAGAUUUAUAGCAAGAAGGACUUUACUGGAUGGGUGGAUGGAUGAAUGCGAGUGUCGUGUUGUGCUUGUAAUGAGCCUUAGAUCAUUCCUUAGUGUAAAUGAAAUUUUAUAUACAUUUUACACGUGUACUAUGCUGUUUGUUUGUACAUAUGUAUUUUUAAUCCAGUAAAUAAACACUUGGAACUGUU